GCCGGCGAAUUCGACCAAGACUCUCGGGAUGGGGGCAUUCGCGCCUGGCUGGUCGUCUCGGGCUGCUGGCUGGCGCUCUUUGCGGCCCUCGGUUUCAUGAACAUCCUGUCGACCUUCCGGGCCUAUCUCGCGACGACUUGGACCGCCGACGACCUCAGCCCCGGCGCCGUCGGCGGCGCCAUCUUCGCCUACGCCUUCCUCAGCUUCCUCCUGGGCCUCCACGUCGGCCCGCUCUUCGACAAGCACGGCCCGCGAUGGCUCAUCCUCGGCGGCACCGUCUCCCUCGUCGCGAGCCUGCUCCUCGCCAGCGUCGACGCCGCCGCCGCCGCCGCCGGGCUCAUCCUCGCCGCCCUCGCCAUCCUCGGCAGCCUCGGCAGCACCCUCCUCUACGUGCCGUCCGUCGCCGCCGUCGCGCGCGUCUUUAGCGCCCACCACCGCGGCCUCGCCAUCGGCCUCGCCACCACGUCCACCUCCGCGAGCGGCCUCGUCUUCCCCCCGCUGCUCGACGCCCUCUUCGCCCGCGUCGGCUGGGCCUGGGCCGUCCGCGCCAUCGCCCUGUUCUGCCUCGCCCUCACCGUCGCCGCUAACUUUCUCAUCACCCGCGCUCCGGGCCUUGCGGCCGGGACGGAGAGGGAGGAGGGGGAAAGGGGGGAGGAGAAGGAGCCAAAGGAGCAGAAGGAAGGCGGGGAGAAAGAAGCCGCCGCCGCCGGCGGCACGGCGGGCUUCGCGCCGACGGUCGGGGCCGUCCUGUGCGCGCAGCUGGGGUCGUCUCUGGCGCUGAGUUACCUGCCGCGCUACGCGCUCGGCAGGGCGGGGCUCGGGCGCGCCGAGGCGUUCGAGGUCGUGGCGGUUGCCAACGGCGCCUCGGUGGCGGGGAGGGUGCUGGCCGGUUGGGCCGCGGACCGGCUGGGGCCGUUCGACGCGAGCGUCGGGUGCUGCGCGGCCGCCGCGCUGGCCUCCCUCGCGGUCUGGCUCCCCGCCGGCGGGACCAAGGGAGGGGUCAUGUCCUUCGCGGCCGUGUUUGGCGUCGCCAGCGGGGGCGGCGUCAGUCUCGCGCCCGUGGUGGUUGGUCGGCUCUGUGACGCGCGCGAGUACGGGAGGUACUAUGGGACGUGCCAUGCCAUCACCUCGUUCCUGGUGAUGCUGGCCGUCCCGGUCGCCGAGCAGGUGUUUGACGGCGGGGAGGGGCGUCAUCCGAGCCUGGUCGUCGUCACGGGGGUGUUCUACGUCCUCGCAGCCGUUGCCUUCGCUGCUGCGAGGGUGGUCGUGGCUGGGCGGAGGCUA